AUGGCGUCUGUCUCCCUUCCAUUACACCUUGAUGGCGUAGAACCGCAACAGCAGCAGCAACGGUCCAAUCUGCUCACACAGCUUCAUCAGCUUCCCUACCCCCUCCUCCUCGUCGCCGCCAUUACGUUCAGCCUCGGGUACCUCGCAGCCUACUCCCCUCGUUCGACCCCUUUAGCUCCUCAACCACUUCCUGUCCUUUCCGAGCAUUUUUCUCAAGAGGAUUUUUCUGGUCUCGAUACAAGCACAGUGGUUCAACUACAGCAAUCUGUCAGUCCAAGGCUACUGAAUUCAUCCCCAAGUGAGCAGCUUCAGGACGGGCAGCAACUCUCAAAUGACACGUGUGCCGAUCCUAUUGGCGUCCAGCUCCCGCCUUCUUCAUCAUCCACAUCCGAACCUGUUACUGCAGCACCGGAAUGGAUCCCGCUACCCAACCGCUACCUUAUGCUUUCAUGCACCAACGGCGGAAGCACAAAUCGCCUCCUAUGCUUUCAAAAGACCAUUCUGGCAGCGAUUCUACUUAAUCGCACACUGAUUGUUCCCGAUAUUCCUCUCUGCGUCCGUCGCUCUGAAGGCCGGCCGGUGGUGUAUUCCGAAAUUCUAGACAUUGGCCAUUUGUCUCGGUGUUUCGGAGAGCAACCAGGUUCCCCGCCUCUCCACAAGGUGAUAACAGGAUCAGAGUUUUUGAAGCUAAAAGGCGGUAAUGGAAGCGAAGUAGUAGUUGAUAAAUUCCUCUGCGGCCAGGUGAAAGACAGCUGUACCUUCAUAGAUGGCAGCUGCGGCGACGUCCCUCCAGAAAUAAAGCUCUCAGAGAAAGAAAUUCUUGGGAAGGAGGAGGGUAAUCUCUUUGAUUUGGCUCCUAAAAUCGCAGCUGCAACUGCUAACGUUCCCGUGCUUGCUCUUGGCGACCUUUUCUACUCAUUCUCCAAGGUUAAUGAUCCUAAUACUGGAUUAUUCUGGCCUAGCCGAUUUUUCAACACCUCGGAGCUGCUUUUUCGGCCUCCCCAGGAAUUGCUUAACCACGCUGCAGCGUUUAUAAAGGAGUACCUUGGGGUGAAUUUUGCUUCUUUACACCUUCGACGGACGGAUUUUCUUGACUAUAGUCGCCGGGUGGGUCUACAUUAUUGGCCGUUACAGUCGGUGGCGGAGUGUACUGCAUUGAAAAUGGUGCAGCUGAAUUUGACCAACCUUUUCGUUUCCUCUGAUGCUUCUGAUGAGGAGAUGGAGGUUUUCAAGGAGCAGUUACGGUCGCAAGGAUCGAUUGCAAGGGCGAGGGGAAUAGCAUGGUCAAUUGUGGUGGUUAGAUUGCCUAAGGAGCUAAAUCUUCAACCAGGUAAGCGAGCAAUGGUGGAUAAGCUGGUGGCAGCGCAUGCUGUUGUUACAAUGCUUACCGAUAGGUCAACGUUCUCGCUCCACAUAGGGUAUCUAAGGGAGAGCCUGGGGCUCACAUCGUGUCAUGAUGGGCACAUCUGCGAGGGGAAAGCUAAGGAAGCUGUUCGCCCUACCCUGAUCGCUGCUAUGGCGACGUCUUUGGGUAAUUCCAUCGAUUCGUACGACAACGCGAAAUCCCGGCGACGGGGAGGACUCGUUAAGCGCGUGGCGAUCUACUUCCGCCAAUCCCCCGCGCGCCAGAACGGCAGUCGAGGCUCGGGAGCCACCGGGGCGAGGCUCACCGACCCUCUUGGGCUGGUCCGGGACGAGGCAGGCGUGAAAGGGCAGGGCGGAGGAGAGGAGGGACGCUGGAGCGGGGAAGGCAGGGGAGGGAGGAUGGGGAAUUCAAGCUUAGACGUGCUUCCUUUACGAGCGAUGACUAGGAGAGACUUCAGGAGGGAAUGGGCUCACAAGAGAUUGAGGGACGGGCGAGCGAGGGAGUUAGCAGGGGAAGGCGCGAGAAUGUGGAUGGGCAGGGCGAGGAGGCAAAGGAGAGGUGAGCUGGGGAGGAGGGGUGGGGUGGCAGGAGGGAAGGGGAAUUGGCCGGUGGAGGGAUGGGCAGGAGGGGGGCUUGGGAGGGAAGGGAGAGGUGGGAUGGAAGGGAGAGAAGGCGCAGAAGGGUUAGGAAUUGGUGUGGGGAACAGGAGUGCUGCUGCUGGGGGCAUUAUACGAGAUAUUGCUGUUUCGGAGUCCCACCGAGCCGAAGCCGAGCCUGUGUCGAAGGAACGGCAGGAGCAGGUGGUUGCUGCUUUUUGGCAUGCCUGGAAGGGUUACCGAACCUACGCGUUUGGUUCGGACGAGCUCAUGCCGCUGAGCCGAGGCGGCGAGGACGGGUUGGGCAGGCUCGGGGCUACUAUAGUGGACGGUCUAGACACUGCCAUGAUCAUGGGGAUUAAAGACAUAGUAGACGAAGCCGGGCAGUGGGUUGUAAACAAUUUGCCUGAGAAGAUCAACCAUGCCGGGCAGAGCCCCACGCCCGUGCCGCUCUCAGACGUGUACCUGGCUCAACGGUACGCUCAGAGGGCUGGGGGGGGCGGGCUGAGCAGCACAGCAGAGUGCACAACAGUGCAGCUGGAGUUUUGGGAGCUGAGCCGACUGACGGGGGAGCAGAAGUACGGAGCAGCAGCGAUGCAGGUGAUGGAGCAUGUGCGGGGACUGCAGCGACUGGAUGGAUUGGUGCCAAUAUACAUGGAUCCCGACUCUGGUGGAUUCUCAGGGGAGAACAUUCGCCUGGGCUCAAGGGGAGACAGCUACUACGAGUAUCUCAUCAAAGCAUUCCUGCAGCAGAGGGACCACCCGCCCGCGCUUCUGCAAGUGGUAACCACAAGCUUUCCAACGAGCGGUGACAAUCACACUGGUGCAGCUGCCGUUGGUGAUGGUGCUGGUGGCGCUGCUGGUGGUGAUGGGAGCACGGGAGGAGCAGGGGCAGGCGCAGGAGCAGGGGCGGGAGCAGGGGCAGGAGAAGGGGCAGGAGCAGGGGCAGGAGCAGGGGCAGGAGCAGGGGCAGGAGCAGGGGCAGGAGCAGGGGCAGGAGCAGGGGCAGGAGCAGGGGCAGGAGCAGGGGCAGGAGCAGGGGCAGGAGCAGGGGCAGGAGCAGGGGCAGGAGCAGGGGCAGGAGCAGGGGCAGGAGCAGGGGCAGGAGCAGGGGCAGGAGCAGGGGCAGGAGCAGGGGCAGGAGCAGGGGCAGGAGCAGGGGCAGGAGCAGGGGCAGGAGCAGGGGCAGGAGCAGGGGCAGGAGCAGGGGCAGGAGCAGGGGCAGGAGCAGGGGCAGGAGCAGGGGCAGGAGCAGGGGCAGGAGCAGGGGCAGGAGCAGGGGCAGGAGCAGGGGCAGGAGCAGGGGCAGGAGCAGGGGCAGGAGCAGGGGCAGGAGCAGGGGCAGGAGCAGGGGCAGGAGCAGGGGCAGGAGCAGGGGCAGGAGCAGGGGCAGGAGCAGGGGCAGGAGCAGGGGCAGGAGCAGGGGCAGGAGCAGGGGCAGGAGCAGGGGCAGGAGCAGGGGCAGGAGCAGGGGCAGGAGCAGGGGCAGGAGGAGCAGGGGGAGGAGCAGGAGGAGGAGCAGGGGGAGGGAAGAGGGGAGCGCAUGUGCAGUAUCUGGCGGAGAUGUUUGACGAGGCGGUGGUGGGCAUGCGCAAGUGGCUGGUGGCGCGCAGUCGCCCCAAAGGGCUCACCUUCAUUGCUGAGAGGCCGUCGGGAUUAUUAGGGGAGCUACACCCCAAAAUGGACCACCUGGUGUGCUUCUUACCUGGGUCGUUGGCUUUAAGAGCGACGGAGGGACUGACAGAGGCAGAGGCGGCAGCAAGGGGUGUGCUGACACAGCAGGGGAGGGAGCUGCUGGACUUGGCACGGAAUGUGACAGAGGCGUGCAUUCAGAUGUACGAAGUGACGGCCACUGGGCUCGCGCCUGAGAUAGCCUACUUCAACAUGCGCGAGGAUUCUCAAGAGUAUAUGGGGACUAGGCAGGACGCGGAGUAUGGGAGAGACAUUCAGAUUCACCAGGCAGACCGGCACAAUCUCCUGCGACCGGAGACUGUUGAGGCACUUCUGUACAUGCACCGAGUCACUGGCAACCCACGGUAUCGCGAGGCGGGGUGGCGUAUGUUCCAAGCUUUCGAGAAGCAUACGCGCGUGGCAACGGGUGGAUACACGUCACUUGAUGACGUUUCUCGAGUGCCUCCGCCAAAGCGCAACAAGAUGGAAACGUUCUUCCUCGGGGAAACCCUCAAGUACUUCUACCUCCUGUUCGGGGAGAAUGACCUACUUCCAUUUGACAAAUAUGUCUUCAAUACGGAGGCACAUCCGCUGCCAAUCCCAAGGCACUUUCUCCGAAAAGAUGCAUUCAAUUCGCAUUUGCUCCAUCAUCGAGAGUUGCUUCCGCCUCAGUUGAUUUCCCGUGCCACUCCAGUACGCAUGGCCGGCGUAUUUGGGGUAAGCGGUCGUGACGAUGCGUUACGGGCGUUUCGCGACCACAUUUCGCAGCGCAUUGUCGCGCUCGGCGAGCAUUCGCGAAAUGUAUACGAACAGAUCCGGCGUCAGAAGAGCACAGUUCGCGAUAGUCGUAAGCUCACAGCAAACAAAACCGAAAAGAGCAGGGCAACCGCGGGAAAUGGCGGCAGCGGAAAUGUUGGGAGUGGUGGGGAUGGCGAUCCUUUAGCUUCGCUCUCCGCGCGAGGUGUGAUCCUUCAGCGAUUCGUCAGCACGGGAGAUCAUAUCAGCUGCUGCCAGCUGGCGUGGUCGCUGCGCGCCGAUUCGCUGCGCUCCAGCGGGGCGGGGGAAGCGGAGAGGCGCGGGGAGGGCGAGAGGGGGGGAAGGGAGAAGGAGAACGUGGAUGGGGAGAGGAAGGAUGAGAGAAAAGCACAAGGGAUGGCGGAAGGUGGUAUCGUCGCGACCAAGUUCAUGUCAGGCCAUCUGAGCUGGAAUGCCCCUGAAUCCCGCCUGCUGCUCACAGAUUCUGUCAGCUGCAGCCUUCCUGGAACCUUCCACGUGACCCUGCCUCGUGUCUCCAUCACUCGAGCAUCUCUCAUUCCGUCUGACUCCUUUCAAGCAGAACUCAGCCAGGCAGCAGGAGUUGCAGGUCAGCGGCAGCAGCAGGGGGCGGUAGGGCACGGGCGGCAUGGCUUGGCAGGUAGUGGUGGAGGUUUGAAGCGGGGGGAUGGGGGAAAGAGGGGGAAAGGGAACGAGAGCGCUUGGACGGGAGUGGAGUGUGCAGGAGGGUUUGAGUGGAAUGUGCCACAUGGCGAAAUCUCAUUGGCUGGGCCGAUCUCAGCGUCGUGCCCCAGUAUGGACGGGCAGGUGAGAGCAGGGGGAGGUGUUAUCUGGCUGCAGCGAUCCGAAGCUCUCCUGCACUCUCAAGUUCAGACCCUCGAGCCGCGACCUCCACAAGGCCUGGAUGCGCGUCGCGAUUUUGAAAUCAGGACCGUAACCGGGCGCUUUCGGGAUCCAUAUUUUCCUAAUCAGGCGAAUUCGAGUUUCGGGAUCAUUGGUGCAAUGUCGUCGUUAGCAGAAGAUGGGACUGAAGCCGCACCCCGAUUCGAGCGCGAUCGUCACGUGUUUUACUUUGUUAACUGCCUCAACGGUCUUCCCGCCGCGUACGAGUCGCAGGAGAGCAACCGGCUCACGUUGGCUUACUUUUGCAUCGUCGCUUUGGAUCUCCUGCAAGCUCUUGACAAGGUGGAUCGUCAGAAGAUUCUCAACUGGGUGCAUUCCCUGAAGGUCCUGGACCCUGAAAUGAUUCAGGCAAAGAAUAUUUGUGGUAACCCUGUAACAGAUCAUGUUACCACCGCCACUCCCACUCCAAUCGCCGAAGCUGCUGCUUCCAUCUCAACGCUUUCUGUGCAAACUGGCGCUGACGUGUCAACCUUAUCCAUUCAAGGUGAGGUGCUAGGGUUUCGAGGCUCGCCUUCCAUUGGCGUGAAGUACAGCACACAAGGGGCGCUAAAGCAGUCCCCCUACGACUGCAGCCACAUCGCCAUGACCUACACUGCCCUCGCCAUCCUCGCCACCCUGAAUGACGAGCCUGCUCCCAUUCACAACAGUGCCGCUGGCAGUGCCGCUGACAAUGCAGGUUGCAGUGCUGCUGCCAGUGGCUGCGCCAGCCUACCAGACUUGCGCCAAGAUCCUGUGGAGAAGCCACCUAGGGGGGGUGAAGGGUUGCCCGGGGAGCAGGUGGAUGAGAGAAGCAGCGAGGGAGGGAGUGCAAGGGGUGAGGAUGGGAAUCGGGUGCUCGGCGGGUGGGAGGAUGGGGUGUGUGCAAGGGGCGGGGACGGAGUGGAUGCCACAGCAACGGGUGGAACAGGGGAGGUGCGAGGCAUGGCUAAGUCCCUGCGAGAGCUGCAGCUGCAAGACGGGAGUUUCAUGCCAGUUGCGUGUGGCAGUGAGUCUGACAUGCGCUUUGUAUUCUGUGCUGGUAAGUGGGGGUUGGGGGUGGUGAGGGGUGGUGCGGGAUGA